UGGCGUCCGACAAAGCGCGCAACGCAAAAGGAACAUCACACUUGCUCUCCCGUGAUCGCCAGACUACCGCCCCAUGAAGCGUCAAGAGCAUGUGGUGCCCUCUCACGCAGCGGGCAUGUCCAGCCUCAGGGACACGAAGCGAACCCUGGAGAUGCGGAGAGGGCUGAACACCCAGGGCAUGGUCGCGAACGACAGCUACCAGACACGGCGCACCCUCGCGGCGCACUCCUUGCUGGGCACACGUGACCAGACGCUGCUGAUUGGCGCGGAGCGCAGCCGACAGUUGCGGGAGCUUCAGGUGGUGGACCCCGCGCACUUCCCGAGCUACAUGCAGCGGUCGCUUUCUGAGAGCACCCUGCAGCGCUGGCAGGAGGGUCCGCCCAAGACGACGACGCUGAGCCCUCCGGAGGUCAUUGCCACGCAGGACAUCCGACUUCGAGCCGCGCUGGCGCCUGCGGGGACCGUUUCUGAGACCUGGAGCCAAGACAAGAUCUGCAACUGGUCGGCUGUGAAGUACAACCUUCUAGCAGAGCAGGCGACUCCCAUCAGAUCCUGGGACAAGACGGGCUUCAUGGCGCUGGGGCAUCGGGACCCAAGCGCGCCGGGAGUGUGGCUUCCGAAGCCCCGCGCCUGAGAAGAGUGCGGAGUGCGGCCGCCGAGUGCGGCCGCCGGCCAGGGCCGAAGGGCAGUCCGGUCACUCCGAAGGAGUUUGCGGAUCGUCCGGAGCCGGCGGGUUGCUUGGCCCAGCGAGUCGUGUGUUGAGUUCUCGGGUUUCACCCAGGAAAGAAAGAGCUGCCGCGAGCGUGGAGCGGCAUUCCAAGG